AUGCUCGCAGCCACUCGCUCCACGAUUCCCCGACCUCUUUUGCCCCGGACCUUGUUGAUCGCUUACAAGCCGCAGCGUCCCAUGUCGACCUCCUCCUCGUCCUCCUCGUCCUCGUCGGCCGCUGGUCGUCCCGACGGUAUCAAGUCGGCUACUUCUUCCGCCUCAUCAAGUGGGGCUUCCCGAACCGGCGCAGCGUCUUCGUCGAACGGUUCGACUCGACCUCCUCGACCUCCUCAAGAUGCGAUCGAAGAAGGCGAUCCCAUCACCGUACCGUCCUUGAGUGCGAGGUCAGUCUGGCCCCUCCCCCCGCACUCAUCCCCGCACUGGGCUCGAUCACGUGCACCCAUCCAGGGGCUAUCGAUUCUGUCGAGAAAGCCGUAUAUCCGCGGAGGAACGAGGGAAGCGACAGAUAGUCUGAGGAUAGCUACUGACUGAGCUGUUCCUCUCGGACCACAGUCUUGUUCUUAUUGCGCCACUGCAAGAGCGCACGGCGGACGGGUACGAUUACCGAGUGCUUCUGCUCAAGCGAAACGCUCGGAGCACGACCUUCUUCUCCGCGCACGUAUUCCCAGGUGCGCCGCUUCGAACAACUUGGUUGCAGCGGGAAAUCGAUUCGCUGACUAAUCGCGUCUUCGACGAGCGACUCAGGUGGCAAUCUUGACCCGAUUGACCGGGAUCAGUUAGCAUGGACCGGGCUGCUGGACAAGAUCGACAACCCCGAGGAAGCCAAAGCGCGAGCUGUCAAGCUAUGUGCGUUGCGUGAGACCUUUGAGGAAUGCGGAGUCCUCCUCCUCGAUGGAGAAGGAAAUGCGAAGCAGAGGUGGAGUGCCAUCUCGGAUACGGAGAAGAAGGCUUGGAGGAACAAGGUUUGUCUCUGCCCACACGAGAAGAGCAGGGAGUUCUCGAAGCAAAAGCCCACUGACAACGAGACUCAUUCCCUGCCCCCUGCCCCCUGCCCCCUGCCCCCUGCCCCCAGGUCUACAAAGAUGGCAAAUCUUUCGUGGAGCUAUUCAAACUUUUGUCGGCCGAUGAUGCUCAACCAGCACUGCCAGCACUUUCGUCGCUGCAGUACCGAGCCAACUGGAUGUGAGUUGCACCGGACCUCGGCGGGAUUCCCCUAUCUGGUCCUGACCUGUGCACCGCUGCAACACCUCCUCAGCACACCCGCCAACAUGAAGCGUCGCUUCGACACCCACUUCUUCAUCUCCAUCCUUCCACCUUCCUCUCCGACCUCGCGCACUUCAACCACCAAGGACCCAAUCCAUUCCGAACACAUCGCCUCCGCCGACGGAGGCGAAACCGUCUCAGCAGACUGGUUAACCCCCAAAGAAGCGAUCGACCGAACGCUCCUUCACGCUCAACUACAACAAGGUCCACCAAAAGAGGGGCAGGAUUCGGACGCGGCCUCGAGAUCUUUGAUUUUGUUCCCACCUCAGUUUUACCUCGUCGCCGAACUGGUGAGGACGAAAUCGUGGAAAGAGCUCGUUCAUGAACCUUCGUCGAACGUGGAGAAAGGCGUUCAUAAUUUUGCCCCUCGUCAUAUCCAACCUUUCGAACCUGAAGUCAAAGGUGUAGAUGACAGUCAAGGCAAGUUCCGAGCAGCGACGGUCUUGAUCGGUGAUCCCGAACAUUCAAAGACGGAUCAAUCGACGUGCUUGAAGACGGAUCGACAUCGUACUUAUGUGCUCUUACCGGCCAAGAAGAGAGAUCCUGAAUGGAAGGCCAAACCGCCUUUGGGGCUGACAGUGAUGGGGUGUCAUAGGGAAGGGAUGGGGAGGUUGUUUGGUGAGGGGUGGGAUGUGACGAUGAGGGAAGGGGAUACGGGCGAGACCUCGUCCGCCAAGGGCAAGUCCAAGUUGUAG